AUGACUUCUUAUAUCAACGCAAUCUAUUACCCCCCUCUUGGAAGGUUUACAAGGGGCGUUCUCCAGCUACAUUGGAUGUCAGCUCUGUUACACACAUCUUCUACGCUUUUGCUACGUAUCAACUUUCUUUCCUUCAUGAUAUACUUUACUAACUGUAUACAGGGUUAACGAUGAUGGCACUUUGGGAGUGAGUCUACCUACCAAGUCUCCUUAGCAUGGAAUUGACAAAAUCUGAUAUUUGAUAGCUUCUGGAUAAACACGCUGAUACCGAGCGAGAAGUGGAUGGCGAGAAAGGUUGUCUUGCAGCACUCGCAAAAUUGAAGCUUCAAAAGCCUAAUCUCAAGACACUGUUAUCUGUGGGGGGUGGAAGUGGCAGUGCCAACUUUCCCAUCUUCGCAGCGACUUCGACUGGUCGUGAGAACUUCGCCAGAACCUCCCGAGAAUUCAUCGAUAGAUUCUCACUCGACGGAAUCGACGGUACCAGUUACCCCCCGAAACAAUCUACCCUCAAACAAAAACCAUAA